UGUCUAUCUCUGUCUGGGAAAGGAAAAAAAAUAAAAAGUCUCUCUCUACAGUAAUCUCUGAUAUAAAAUUUGUCUUUAAACAGCUUUGCAAAUUUCAAACUCUCUCUCUAAACUGCGACUGCUACCAUUUAGAUUCCCAAAAAAGGACAUCCUUUUUUGAAUCUUGAUUCAAAACAGAGAUUUUUUAUGCAAAAAAGAUUACUACUUUCUUGGUUAAGAAAAUCAUUUGAAGAAGUUUCUUGGAGAUUCUCACUCGAAGUUUAGAAUUUUCUUGGUGGGUUUUUGUGUUUGUAUCGGAAGGCUAAAAGAUUUUUUUGGCUUUGGAUAAGAUCAAGAAGGAGAUGAGCAAGAAUCUUUUAUGGUUGUGAAUUGUAGAUGUCAAGUUUGUGAAGUUUGACUUUUUUUGGUUUAGUUUCUCUUCUAAGCUUGUCUAGGGUUUUAUGUUUGGUGGAUUUUUGAGAAAUCAGAGGAAAAUAGAUUAAUAAAGCAAUAUGGGAGCAAAAGAAUGCCAAAAUACUACGGGCUCUCCUAAAGUGGAGGUGGGAGAGAUAGAUACCAGGGCACCAUUUCAAUCUGUCAAAGAUGCCGUUACCCUCUUUGGUGAAGGUGCAUUCUCAGGGGAAAAACCUGCCAUCAGAAAGGCAAAACCUCAUUCUGCUGAGAGGGUAUUGGCCAAGGAGACACAGCUUCACCUGGCCCAAAAGGAAAUGAACAAGUUAAAGGAUCAAGUAAGGAAUGCUGAAACAACAAAGGCCCAAGCACUUGUAGAGCUUGAAAAGGCUAAAAGAACAGUAGAGGACCUCACUGAUAAGCUCAAAACUGUCACUGAAUCAAAGGAAUCAGCAAUUAGGGAAACAGAAGCUGCAAAGAAUCAGGCUAAGCAAAUUGAAGAAACGAGCAAUAUUGACCUUCCUGGAUCUGAUGGUGCUAGGAAGCAGGACUUGGAAUCUACAAGAGAACAGUACAUGACUGUAUUUACUGAACUUGAUGCCACAAAGCAAGAGCUAAGGAAAAUUCGUCAGGAGUAUGAUACAUCCUUAGAAGCAAAGCUUGCUGCCUUCAACCAAGCUGCAGCAGCUGAACAUGCUGCCAAAGCAAAUGUGGAAAAAGUCAGUGAGCUCUCCAAGGAAAUCUCAGCCCUUCAGGAAUCAAUUGGGCAAGCAAAGCUUGUGGCUCUGGAAGCACACCAAGAGCAAGCAAAAAUAUUUGCUGAAAAAGAUGUUCUGAGGCAAUCAUAUAAAGCUACCCUGGAAGCAUCAGCAAAUAAACUUCUUGUGUUGAAGAAUGAAUUUGAUCCUGAACUGGCCCGGAAUCUUGAAAAACAGCUGGCUGAAACAAUGAAUGAGAUUGGUGCUCUGCAAAAGCAGAUGGAAAAUGCCAAGGCUUCAGAUCUGGAUUCUGUGAAAACUGUCACUUCAGAGCUAGAUGGUGCUAAGGAGUUCCUACAAAAAGUAUCAGAAGAGGAAAACUCCUUGCGAAGCUUGUUGGAAUCUCUUAAGCUGGAGCUGGAGAAUGUGAAGAAGGAGCAUUCUCAACUGAAGGAGAAGGAAGCAGAAACUGAAUCCAUUGCUGGGAACCUGCAUGUCAAGCUCCGCAAAAGUAAGACUGAGCUAGAACAAGCACUUGUAGAGGAAUCCAAAGCAAAGGGUGCUUCUGAAGAGAUGAUCUCUACUCUCCACCAGCUAUCAUCAGAAGCAGAGAGUGCACGAAAAGAAGCUGAAGAGAUGAAAAGCAAAGCUGAAGAGUUGAAGAACAUAGCUGAAGCCACCAGAAUUGCAUUAGAAGAAGCUGAGAAGAAGCUGAGGGUUGCUUUGGAAGAAGUUGAGGAAGCAAAAACAGCAGAAACAAGGGCUCUAGAUCAAAUUAAGGCAUUGUCUGAGCGAACUAAUGCUGCACGUGCCUCAACUUCUGAAUCUGGUGCCAAGAUCACAAUAUCAAGGGAAGAGUGUGAGGCUUUAAGCCGGAAAGUUGAGGAGUCUGACACAUUGGCAGAAAUGAAAGUGGCAGCUGCUGUGGCUCAAAUAGAAGCUGUUAAGGCUAGUGAAAAUGAGGCUCUCAAGAGGUUAGAGGCAGCGCAAAAGGAUAUUGAGGAUAUGAGAGCUGCAACUGAGGAGGCUUCGAAGAGAGCUGAGAUGGCUGAAGCAGCCAAGAGGGCAGUGGAGGGAGAACUUCGAAGGUGGCGUGAACGAGAGCAAAAGAAGGCUGCUGAUACUGCAUCGCGGAUUCUGGCAGAAACACAGAUGGCUUCAGAAUCAUCCCCGCACCAUUAUAGGAAUCAAAAGCAGAACCCGGCAAUUCAGACAGUUAUUGAGGUUCGGAAGUUGGACAAAGAGAAGUUCUCUCUCUCUAAAAAGGCACUUUUACCUAAUCUGAGCGGUAUCUUCUAUAGAAAAAAGAACCAAAUCGAAGGUGGGUCUCCUUCUUAUCUGCCUGGAGAGAAGCCUGUUUGACAUUUGUGUUUGCCAGACUCUGUGAUUAUGAAUGGUUGAGAGAUACGUUUCAUGAAAUGGUUGGUUGUGUAUAAAAUUUUCUCUGGGAAAAACGAAAGCCCGAAUGUCUCUUGCUCAGUUUGAGAAGAUGAGAUAGGCGAUAAUAUGAUGAAACAAGUCAGGGAAGUGUGCCUUUUGUAUAUGACUAGUUAUUAGAUUAAUGAUCGAACAAGUUCUGCUGUAGAAAUGAGUUUGUCUUCAAGAAUGGACUUUUUUUAA